GCAGAGACUUGAUGGGGGAAACGGCUUUCCGGACACAGUAUUGUUUGUUAUUCCGUUCACCUGGUCUUGAGCAACGAAGGUUUAAUUAAAAUUCGCCUAGGUGACUGAAUAUCUGGAGCAGGAACUACUGAAGCGGGAGGGUUUUUUAAUUGCCACCCUUUAGGGAACGAACUAAUACAUUAAAGAGUGAAGUGGCAGAAGAAAUUGAAUAGAUGUAGUGUUCUUCUAGCACUGCAUCACCAUGGUGUGGAAAGAAACAAGAUGCCUAGUGAAAAGACCACCGCAAGUGACUCCAGUGCAUCUCAGAACACAGACUGUAAUUCCAAAAGAGCGAAGGAGUGUGAAGACAAUCUUGCUGGAAAUAUACCCAACCUCUGUCCCCCUGGCCUUCCAUCAUCUAGUCCUUCCCAAAUCUUUUCCAUGCCAGAGCUCCUGGAAGCAGCUAAUGAACUUUCAAAAAUGAACAUAGCACAUGAAGUUGUAGUAAACCAUGACUUCAGAUUGCAAGAGGUGAACUUCUUACCAAACAGUUUGGAAAGCAGAGUUAAAGAGGCACUGCACAAAACUUUUUGGGACAGUCUGAAAGAAGAGCUCUCCAAAAUACCCCCAGACUAUUCCCAUGCUAUCAGACUAAUCCAAGAAAUCAAAGAGAGCCUGCUAUCCCUGAUCCUGCCUCGGCAGACUCGAUUGCGAAAUCAGAUUGAGGAUGCUCUGGACAUGGAGCUGAUAAAGCAGGAGGCUGAGCAUGGGGCUUUGGACAUUCCCAGCCUUACCACAUAUGUCUUGGGUAUGAUGGCAAUGCUUUGUGCACCUAUCAGAGAUGAGGAAAUACAGAGACUUCGAAGCAUAUCAGAUCCUGUACAUCUUCUCAGAGAGAUUUUUCGGAUUCUGGAUCUAAUGAAAUUGGACAUGGUAAAUUUUACCAUUCAAGUCCUCCGACCUUAUCUCCAACAGCACUCUGUCCAGUAUGAGAGGAAAAAAUUCCAGGAGCUCCUGAACAAACUACCAAGUACAUUUAUUGAAGGCAACCUGGCUCGAACAACUGAGUGGCUCCGCACAGCAGCAGCUAAAGUAUCAAGUUCUGAUUUGCUACCAUCUUCUUCCAACUCUGAGACCAGUGGAUCAUCUGUUCCGCUACAUGAAGUGGCUGCUGGAGAAGUUUCAAUCUGUAGUCCUACUGCUGUGUUAAACCAAGCAUACAUGGACUUGUUGCAUUGGGAGCCAGGAAAAGACUAUCCUGAAACUAUGUUGAUGGACAAAGAACGUUUACGAACCAUUCAGAUGCAAGUGAAUCAACUGGCCAUUAUUGCAGCAGUCAUACUAGUGAGCAGCAGCGUAUAUGGAAAUUUGGUGUCCAAUUCACCAGGUUGUGUAGAUAGACUGAAAUGGAUAACAAAAGCCCUCAUGGAAGGGCUUCCCAACACAAGGUUAAAAGAUGCUUUACUGGACAUCAGCAAUCAAAUACAUCAGGAGGUAAAUAAAAUUUUGCUCCAACUGGGGUACCCUACUCUCAGCAAUGACAAGGCUGCUUCACUAAAAGGACAGAUUGAGAGCAUUGCAGAUAAGGACAAUGCAGUACGAAUGGUAAUUGAGCAACGGAUUCAAACUUUUCUAGGGCACUGUGUGUCUCCUGGUGGCCAGAACUCUAAGAAUAUCCCCCAAGGCCUUGCUCCUGUUCAGGAAGAACUGCUGGAAGUUGGCCAGAGGUUUGGUAGUUUGACUGCUCACAACAGACAGGUGUUUGGUCCCUACUAUGCAGAAAUACUGAAGAAUGUUCUGCUUCCAGAGGGGAAGAAUGGAGAAGGGCAGAUUCCUACUUAACCAUCUCAAACAAGGCAGAGCAUUUGGCAGCAGGGAGAAGGGGGAAAGACUGGCAAUAGUUCAGAUUGUGCUUUGACUGAAAGUUCAGUGUAAUCCACUAAACAUCUGCCCUGCUCUGUGCAGUGGUAUCCAAAGCACUUGUACAACUGGACUGUUGAAGCUGCUGAAAUACCAACUGACAAUGCCAAGUUCUGCCACAAUAAACCUUUGAACAGCUCAAA